AAUAUCGUUGCAAAAUCAGAAAGACAUUUAUCAACUGCGAAAAUGUCGAAAUGACCUGGCUCAUCCCACAGGUGCUCACCUGAAGACUGAUGAUGUUUUCAACAGAACAUUUGAUUCACUGAAAUCGAUAUGUUGCGAUCUUGAUCGCACAUUGACAACCACAAACCCUGGCGUUAACGUUGCAACAUAUACUGAUCAGCUGUUUUGUGUUGUUCAAGAGUUAAAAAAACAAAACCUUGUCACCCGUGUCAGUCAUCGUUGUCGAAUACAACUCUGCCAAGAAAAGUUAAUGACUGAACUUUUUGAGAAAAAUGAUAGUUUAACAGAAGAUGACUGUUUAGAAACCAAGUACCAGAUAAUCAUGGGUACGCGUUGUAUCGGAAGGCAUGUUGAUGUUGAUGUUCUAGUCGACAAAUUGAGGAGUAAGGAAAUUGUGAGCCAUCAGAAAAAGCUCGAAAUCCAGCAGGAGCAUGACACUGAAGAAAAGGCUUCCCUCUUGGUGUUGGAUAUUACAUGUAUACAGGAGAGUUAUGAAAACGUAUUGAAGUUCCUAAAGUGUUUACAGAAGGACUAUCCACUUGUUGUAGAAUGGAUAAAGGGGGAUACAGAUGAUAAAGAUAUAGGUAACAAACUGAGAGAUCUUGAGGUGAAACAUAUAACGACAAUUAUUAAAGAUGCUAUUGAAGCUAAUGGACCAACGUGCAUUUUUGGGGAAGACUUGCAUAUUUAUGUUGAGGAAAAGCGGAAAUGCUUUGUGAAAUUUUUGUUAAUCAAGGAUUGCAUUAUAUCAACAUUUCGAGAUGCUAAGUUCAUUGAAAAGUCAAACAGAUUUUCUGGCCUUUCUUGGAAAUCACACGUGAUAAUGUUUGAUGAAACUCAACUACCAGAUGUUGUUCAACCUUUAUCUUCCAUGCCUUGCGAAGAAUUUUCAAAGUAUUUGGAAGUUGAAGUCCAAAAGAACAUCACAAAAGAUGCAAAAAUAGUAAAUGCAAUCAGUGAUGUCAUUAAAACUGAAAGUAUUUCACUUUCCUUCUUUGUAGACAGUUUGGAAAUAGUUGAAGACGAAUUAAGAAAAGAAUUCAUAGCAAGGGGACUGAAUUAUGGAGUUGGAAUAAGUGGAGGGCUUAAAAAAGUAAGAAAGGGUAUAAAAAAUAGACUUAAGGCUGGAGGAACUGAAUGUGAAAGUGAUUUUCGCACUUUUGGACGGUCCUCUGGCAACUUUAUUUAUAAAAAGGUUAUAGUUAAACAAGACGUAACAUCAAUGUUGACCCCAGUGCAUUGCUUCAUAAUGCCUAAAAGAGAAAAAGAAAUGCAUAAAUCAUAUUUUGCUGCUGAAGUCAUAAAAUUUGCUGCGGCAUGCAUUAAUGGGCUACAGAACGGAACAUUCCACUUUGGUAUUAAACCACUGGAGAAUAAUGAAGGCCAGAUUGUAGGGCUACGAAAAUCUGAAUACACACCACAAACACUUAAAGCUGCAAUAGAGAACAGCCUGCAUCACUGCUUCGUGGGACCAUGCUUUGAACAGCGAAUAUUUGAAAGAGCUAUUCAAGCAGUUGUAAUUGUGCCAUGUGAGGAUGAAAGUUUUGUAGUUGAAGUUGACAUUAAUCCAUCAUGUAUAUUCAUGAAGGACACACCUGUAAGCCUAUUGUUUCCUCCUCAUGGUGAACAGGACAAUAAAUUAUACAAGUACAUAUCAAGACAAGGAAUCUACAUUUUUGAGACAGUAGACCCGAAAAAGGCAGAAAGUCUGAAAAUAGAAAUGAAAGAAACAUUGCAUGCAAGAAAAAUAUUGGAAAUGUCUGCUGUAAAGCCGGAAAAAGGUUUAAGUAAUAUAAGAGCACAAUUACAGAAACGUUUGACUGCUGGGAAUUCGUAUGUGACUGAUCAGAUGGUGCCUCAUAUUAUAUGUGGUAAAUAUUCAAGUAUUGCAAAUUCAAACAAAAUAUUCAACAACAUCAGGGAUGCAUUUUUGUCCUCACCAGUAGUUUUUGACUUUGAUCCAUCAACAGUUUUGAUUAAGAACAUUGAGAAAGGGGAUAACUAUUUUGAUGUUCUGGUUGCAGAUGAUUACACACCAGAAAAGCGCCCUCAAAACAUUGGUUCAGGCAAACAUUGGAUAUAUUGCAAUGGAAAUGUUGAGCGCAAAUUGCAAUCCUUGCCAAUAUCUGAAUGGUUAUCAGGAAGAUAUCCAUUUGUUAAAUGUGCUCUUGAAGAAUCAUUCAAGGUUAAUUCAAACAAUAGAUCACUCGCUGUGUUCUUGGUUUUUGAAACUAUUUUGAAGACUGAUUCACUGUACCAGAUUGCUUUAGACUGCAGCCGCUGGUAUCCAUUAAACACUGUAGUUAUAUCGGAUAAAGAAGAAUGCUUUGCUCAGCUCAGGAAAGAUCUUGAACCAAUUACAGAGCCUCAAACUCUAAAUCAGAUAUUUUUUUCUGGUCUGUCGUGGAUGGAUGUGGCUAGUGAAGUGCUUUCACCAAUCUUUCCUUGUGUUUCUGGCAGUGUGUUGAGACUUCCCACCAGUUAUGGGACAUUGGUCACAUUGACACAGAAUGAGACAAAUACUAUGAAACUAUGUGACAUAGAGAUUCUAAGUUGUGAAGAAUGUAAGCUAGCUUUUGAGGAAAUGGAUAAGACUUUACAGGAUGAUACCUUCUCAAAGAAAGAAAAUGCAUUUUAUAAAGGCAGCGAAGCAUCGUGGUGGAAUUUCUUUUUUGAUGCACAAGUUUGCCAACGCGAAAUUUUUGAAAAUAUAACAAGUAGAGUUGAGGAGAAGAUAUAUGAUGGUAGAGAGAGAGUUGAAGUUCUAAAAAUUUUCCAUCAACCAGGCGCUGGUGGAACCACUCUUGGAAGACAUGUUCUUUGGCAUUUCAGUCAGUGUAAGACAGAUUUGUCCAAGGUAUACAGGUGUUGUGUUUUGAGAAAUGUCAUUGAAAAUGAUUCAGCUGAUCAGAUUUUUAAACUAUGGUCAUUCAAAGACAAAAACAAAGAUGAAAGGAAUCCAGUUAUUGUUUUGGCAGACAAUAUCCCAGAAGAAUCUUUGGAAAUUCUUAUUGACAACUUGAACACACUUUCUUACUGUCAUGGUUCUUCACAUGGUAAAUUAUUUUGCUUGUUGAUUGUUGUGGCAAGAAUUUGGGAGUCGAAAGGAGCAUCAGAUUCUGUUGUUCUGAGACAGGUGCUAUCACCUAGGGAAAAAUUAUGGUUUCAGGACCGUUCAAAAUUUUUGGAGAAGACAAACAGCAAGAAACAAAUUGAAUCUAUGAUAGCAUUCAAUGUCAUGAAAGAAGGUUUCUGUCCAGACUAUAUUAACAAAACCACACGUGGCAUUAUGAAAGGGCUUGAAAGAAAAGAGGAAAAACUAGUACAACACCUGUCGUUCCUUAAUUCUUAUAAACCUGAUGUUGCUGUUAGACCUGAUAUAUUUGAUGAUCUAAUGGAGAUAGAAACAUCAAAAACUACUAAGUGGACAAUUAAAGAACUGAGAGAAGUAGGAGGCCCAGUUGGCCUUGUAGGAGCUCAGAGGAGAGCUUUUAUUCCAUUCAGGCAAACCUGGAAUGUGGAAUCUACAGAGUCUUUAGAACUUCUUAUCAAACACAGUUCAUAUGAUGGUCGAAAUCGAAUUUCAAUCGUGUCACCACUAAUGGCUAAGGCAAGCCUUCAAUAUAUUAUGGAGAAGGAAAGUUUAGACCUUAAAAAGGUUGUUUCAGACUUUUUGAUUUUCUUGGAAACUCAACUUGAAAAUGAUCCAAAUUCUGAUUCCACAAAGGAAAUAAGAAAACAUCUUUGUGAUCUUUUUUGUUAUCGACAAAAACAAAAGAAACCCUUUGGAGAUAGUAAAAGUGCAUUUUCCAAUCUUGUUACAAAACUUUCAGAAGUUAAUAAUUGGGAAACAAGGGAAGAAGCAUUCCAGAGAACCAAUGACUUAAUGAGUAAUUGUUUUCAGAUAACAAAGGAUCCUUAUGUGGGUCAACACAGGACAAGGUUAUGCAUCUCUUUUAGUGAGUUUGACAUUGCUAUACAAGCCAUAACACUUGUUUUGAAAGAGUCUGGGAAAGUUCCAAUAUUAUAUGAUACUUUUGGCCAAAUAUACAAGGAAAAGCUCAAGUUGGAAUUAACCAAACCAAACACAGAUCCAAAAGAACUGAUCAAACUUGCUUGCAAUGCCAUAGCAAAGUUUAAAGAAGCUCAGCGCCUUGGGAGAGUAGAUAAUUUAGAAUUUUAUGAACAUGAGGUUUCCGUUGCAUUGUUAGUUUUAGAAUACUUGGAAACUAGAUAUAAGGGGCCCUUUUUGGAAGCCAUCAAUGGUAUUUCACAUGAUACAAACAUGCCUGAAUUAUAUCCAGAAAUAAGCUGUUUUUGUGAUGGUAGUGAAAUGCAAAGACAUAUUAAAGCAUCCCUUCGGCAUGUUAACGACGUCUUUACAAAGACAAAACUGCCAUUUACUUUAAGGUCGAAACCUGAAAACGGAUUACUUAGCAUGAUAAAUAAAUUUGAGCGCAUUUACAAGACGGAUUUAGCUAGUUCAUCACCUGUGGAAACAGCAAUAAGUUGUUCAUUUACAGUAGUAAAAAAUCAAUAUGACAAAGAUCAGAUCAGACUAAAGAAGACUGUUAAUGCAUUGGAGUGCAAUCUUGAAGCUUGUGGAAAUAGACUUGAGAAAGAUUUAACCACUGUUGUUGGUUUCUAUAUAAUACAUUUCUCAAUGAUUUCUUGUCCAGAAUUUGAUGAAAAGAUACAAUAUAACUAUAAGAAACUAUUGCACUUAAGUGACAAAUUGUUGAAAUGCCAGAAUGAAAGAAUGACCAACGAAUGUAUGAAUGAUAAAGUGGAAAAUCUAGAACCAUAUCUGUAUUUUUCAUUGUUGCACUGGCCACUGCCCGAUAGAUUGCGAUUACAUGAACAACACAUUUGUAAGCCAGAGAAUUUGAUAAAGGCAUUGACUAGAUGGCAAAAAUUGUAUGAUCAAAAGUUUUAUACACAAAAGAAAAGUGAGCUAGGUAAAGUGUCGCUGAGCCUCCUGCCUAAAUUAUUUUUUGCUCUAGCUAAGGGACAGCCUGGCGGAGAUUAUGUAGAUACUGAUAAAGUACGAUCUCAAUGGCGACGUGAGGCUGAUGAACAAGGACGUAAACGAAGAGAGGUAAAAAGGGACGAUAUCUGGAAUCAUAAACUAGGGCAAGAAACCUUUUGCAGGAUAUCAGGCAUUGUGGAUGGAUCUGGACGUAAAAUUCAUCACUCGGUGGAUUACCAUUACAAGACAUUCCAAUACAGCAUACCAACUGGUGAAGAUUGUUCUGAUUAUCGCAACAGGAGUGUUACCUUUGUUUUGGGGAUUUCCUGGAGAGGUCCGAUUGCCUAUGGUGUGAAGUUGGAAGAAGAAGAGAUUGAUGAAAACAUGCGUCAAAAAGUUGAAUCAGCAAGUUAUGUACAUAGGGACAAUCCCACUGGAGUUGGUCGUGGAAUAGAAUCAGAAUCAUUAGUGCCUGAAGAUAACACAUGUCAGCAUGUUGGAGCAUCACUGACAGAAAUGGACGCCGUCCAGAGAGAUCGGAUGUUAUUACCUGAUGGUAACCUUACAUUUGGCGAAGAAGAGUCUUGCAAAACAACAUUGUUAACAAACCCAAGAGCCUCAUCUGAUGUAAGAGAAUCGGUGUUGCCAACCAAAACGCUCAAGUCAAACCCUGGUGCUGUAUGUGGUGGAUCAGCUGCAAUAGGACGUGGCAGAGGGCGUGCAAGAGGCAUUCCUGUAGCAUGCAAAUCUGGAGAGGUUAGAACAAAGCCUGGACGAACUUCGACUGCAGUGACGCCAAAUGAGCAGAGUGGUGGUGUGUUUCCUUCUGUAUCCACUGCUGAACUUGGUCAGUUUGGAAAUGCGGGAAAGGCUGAAGCUAACAUUGUUGGUACUAGCGCUUUCGCACACACCGUGGAGAGGGACGUAAACAAGAUUUUACCGUUGGAUGGUGCAAAAGGGGGCAUCAUUCAUAAGGAAGAGGAACAGAAGGCACCGGAGGAAGAAAAACCUAAACGCGGUAGAAGGCAACGGAAAAAAGACAAGAAGAAAGAAAAUAGAAAAUGAGGGAAUUUGGUUUGGGUGCAUUAUAAAAUGAAAUGUACACUUCAAUCAAACGAAAGUACCAUAGUGCUGUAUAUUUUACAUGUAAGUUUACCAAAACUCAACUGAACUCAAAUAAUUGUGCACAGUACGUUGUGUGAAUUUUGUAAAAAGUGUAUAUUAAUGUUUUUUUGUAAAUUCACGUACACAUAUGUUAUUGAAAUUGUGUUGUGAUGAUGGAUGCUCAUGCAAUAUUCAAUUACAUGACAUUGAUUCUGGUUCAGAGCUUUUGCAUCAUUGAUAUGAAUGUGUUUUUUUAUUCUUAGUAUUGAUUUGCUUUAUUUACUAGUCUAGCUUGUAAUUUCUUGAUGACGGUUUUGCAAAGACACAACUGGUUUGUUUGUAAAUUUAAUGUGCCAUGCGAUGUUCUUUGGAAAAAAAUAGUUUAUUGUUCAUGACCUGAAGUUUAUGAUAACUGUUUGCUUUAAUAUGUUGUUUAUGGUUGGUGGAAAAUUGACAAAUGUUCUUUUUCUCUAUUGAAUUGAGUAUUUUGUUGUUUCGUUCCGCAAUUUAUAGGAAAAGAAGAUGUUUUAAAUAUUGUUCGUGAAGUUAAAGUAAUUAAGGUGUUUUAAGUCUGUGUAGAUGUAGAAAUACUAUAGUUGAUUAAUUUCAAAUGUUUUUUUACUAAUAAAAUUACACAUUGUGAUGUGGAUAUUAGAUCAUUUGUUUGUGUACAUUUGCUUUGUAAAGAUUAUGCAUUAUUUGUUAGGUGUUUUAUUGUCCAUCAAUGAUGUAAAAUAUGUUUUACAGCAAUUAUUUUUAGUGGUUGAUGCGUAGCAGAUGUUUAUACUGUAACAUGUACUUAUAAGUUCUUGAAUACAUAUCGCGUACUUUAUAACAUCCGAUUUAGUUGCACUAAAUAUUCAUAAUUGUGUUUGCCAGAUGUUGUAUUUGUCAUAUUUGAGCGCCAAUACCGCCCAGCAGUGUAGCGGUAUGGUCUUUACGCAUGUAUGUGAAGAUUAAAUGUGUUUUGUGUUUUAUGCUCCCUGUAGGGUGGCAUAUAGCAGUUGAACUGUCCGUCAUUAUGUCAGUCUGUCCGUCCGUCCUAAAAAAAAACAUUGUUUAAACAUGAACAUGCCAUGUCUGUUUCUUUUCAUUUUAAUGAAUUUUCGUAUUGUAUUUGUUCAUGAAGAUAAAUGUAAAACCGAUGCUUCCUUACGGAGGGCCAUAAUUUGAAUAUAUUAUAGUUGUUUUACACCUGAUUAACUUAAUGUGACAUUUUGAUUUUAGUUUAGAUAACUUCAGGCGAUUUGAUUAUAAUGUCCAUGUUCUACUUUUCUGCAUGAUUAUUGUGUCAAGUCUGACUGGGAAAAUAAAAGUUGUAUUAUAUGUUAAAUCACUUUUAUGGAAGAGUAUAUUCAGAUAUUCAUGAUAAUUAUUCUGAACGUUGUUCCCGAACAUGACCAAGGGCAGUGAAGUAGUGCAAUGUACAUGACGGUUAAUUUUUCACGAAAUUUCAUAAACAUUGUGUAGAUCGGUCGAUCGGUCCGUAGUCCAUUCGUUCCGCGCGAUAUCCAGAGAUUGCUUAGACCUUCAAUGAUGAAAAUUUGUGUUAUGGUAACUUGGAAACAAUCGAAGACCUUUCAUAUUUGAGAUUAAAGGUCAAUGUCAAUGGGCUCCUAACAGGUGCAAAAGUCAUUUAAAGUACCGUUAAUACCAAUGACAAACGUCUCUUAAACUGGCAAGUGUGUUUACUUUACUCCUAUAGUUUUACACCAAAAGACUUAGGGCUAUUAUAACACUCGAGUACGUGCCCUUGGUAGUACCAGUACGUUGUGUCAUUAGAGAAGACUUCAAGAACGCUCACAGAGUUGAGUUGAAAUCGGGACCUUCUGAUUGCUAGGCAGACAUCAUAUCAACUGCUUAACUGCGUUUUUCACAAAACACCAUAUGCAGAUAAAUCUUGAUACAUGGAUAGACUAUUUUUCUGAUUCACAGCUGUUUACACCUUUAAAUAUUUAAUCGUGAUAGGCAUGUUGUUAACCAAAAAAUGCUCCAGCCAGUUUUAUUAGCCAUACAGUGAUGUCUUGUUGCUUGGUGAAGCCUAUUGAUGGGUGGGUGGACUACAUGUAUUUGAAAUUCCUAAGUUUGGGAGGGGGUGGGGCAUACAUAUUAUACAAACAUACCUUAUGUAAAUGGUAUUGUGUAACAGGUCAGUAUAUAACUAAUACAUGUAUAUAUGCUGUGCCUAUCUCGAACAGUUCUAGGAUGAGUUGAAUGUAAUGUUUAAAGAUAAUCGGAGGAAUGCAGAGAAGUGCUUGUAUACAUUGAAUUCCAUACUUGCAUCCGACAAUUUUGUUGAUAAUAAAUUGAUGAAAUGCUAAUGGACAAAACCAUAAAUAUUAAUUGAAGUUCUGCCUUUUAUAAAUUAUAUCGUGUAAUUAUUAUGUAUGCAUUCAUUAAUGUGCCGUGGAUUGCUUUGUAUGCCCCCGGAUCGAAUGAUCGGGGGUAUAUUGUUUUUGGCCUGUCUGUCUGUCAUUCUGUCUGUCUGUCAUUCUGUCCCAAAACUUUAACAUAGGUUAAAGUCAAGGUUAAAGUUUUGCGAUAACUUUUGCAAUAUUGAAGAUAGCAACUGGAUAUUUGGCAUGCAUGUGGAUCUCAUGGAGCUGCACAUUUUGAGUGGUGAAAGGUCAAGGUCAUCCUUCAAGGUCAAAGGUAAAAUUUAUGGCUUCAAAGCGACGCAAUAGGGGGCAUUGUGUUUCUGACAAACACAUCUGUUGUUCGUCACAGUAAGUGACAGCGCUUGUUGUAUAUCGUGUAUAUUGUGUCUCUUUAAUUGCAAUAUUUUGUUGGUGCUACAGAGUGUUGUUAAUGUAGAGCUUUGAACUAUUUUCAUCAUUUAUUGACGCAAAAUCACUACCAUGAAGUACAAUAGUCUUAUGUGCUUUUAAAACACUAUGUGAUGUAUUAUGUACAUAUUUUGAUGAUAAAAAUAUGGUGAAUUGCCGUUGUAUUUUUUCCGGACCUUAUCUAAAAAAAACUUAGAUCUAAAAUACAUUUUAUUUAAAAUAAGUGACAUUAAGUUCCGUUAAAUUAUAAUUGAGUUCAUUUACUCUUAAAUAGUUUGUUUAAUUAAAGGUAACAACGCCUUAAAUUUGCAAAGAUAUUGAAACGAAAAUGUGUGAUAUAUUCCUUUUUAACACUAGCAAAUAGAUCAUUUCACACCAUUAUGAAUCAUGCAUUUUUUAAAGCUCAAGAUAUAAACUAAGCUAGAUUGGAGAACUGCUUUGAUAAAUCUGUCAGGCGAAGAGCAAUCGUGUCAUUUUAUUUCAGGUUUAUUUGCAUGACGCCAUUUGAUUUUUUAUGUUAUCAAUUUUAUGUUUAAAUUAAUAUUUAUAUUUGAGAAAUAAUGAUGGAAGAAACAGAAUACAAGGUAAUCGUUUGUUGCAUAUAGGUUUAUUUGCUCGGCAAGAAAACAUGACUGCCAAGGCUCGUGGUUCAGGUGUUCAAAUCCAUGCUGAAUAAACUAACAUGUAUUUUACGAUAACAUAGUAUUUUCUAUAUUCAUCACAUUCUAUUGUAUAAAGUAUUGCUAAGAAUGGUUUGAUUGCGUUUUUUGAGACAUCCUUAGCUUUGUGGACCAAUAUGAGUUUCUUUCAUUAUGUUUUGUAGUAUUUUUAAGCUACAAUCGAUGAAACAGAACAUAAUUGCAGAAAGUGUAAUUUAAAUUGUUUUCAUAACAUGUAAUCGUCAUGUAUUGAAUUUCUGUAUUUUGUUAAAUAUUAAAAGAGUGUCUUUUAUAAAGGGGCAUAUAUCAACGGUGUAUAUGAUAUUUUAUUUUCAAAAAUAAGAUUAUCAUUUAAUAAGUAAUUAUUAAAAGAUUGCUUAGGCCUAACACGCGUGUCUCGUUUUCAUAAAUGUCAAAAAUCAAAAACUUGUUUUCCGGGAUACUUGGUGGGUAUGGGAAAAUCAGUCUAGUAGUAAAAUCGAUCUUAAUGAAACGUACAUAAGGAACAGCUACACGCACGCACACUUGCGUUAUCCCGACACUGCUGUAGUUAAAUCCUAAUUGAUUAAGUAAAUUUUUGAAAGCUUUAGUUCUAGUACCACAUAAUUCCUUUAUCAAAAAAUAGUGUUGACAGCGUGUAUAUUGUUCUUAAAUAUUUAAUCGAUAUAACAUUAAUUAUAGAUUAACAUGUGCUUGAACAGUUGGCAAAUGAAUUGUUUUAAUAAAUGUCUCUAUAAGGAAAUACCGCUCAUAUGCCCCUUUAAGACUGUGUUAUUGUGAUUGUUUGUAUUAUUUGUCAAAGGUGUUUCUAAUGAGCUGUCUUUCUGUUGUAUCUUGUAUUAUGUAUGUACACGUAAAGGAUAUCUUAAAGGCUGCACAUUUUUAAGAGUGGACAUAUAUAAGAAGAUUCAUAAAAUCAUUUUAAAAACUAGCAAGAAAACAAAGUAACUGUUUUGAAUGUAUGCAUUUUGAUUUUAGUGACCUGGUUUUACGCUUAACAUGUUGUAUUUUUAUAAGUAAAAACUAGCUUGACACUGAUUUCACAAAGUAUUAUCCAAUAAGAUUAGUUCAAAUUGUUAUUGAAGAAUUUGCUUUGGUAUAAGAAAGUAAUCAAGCAUCCAGUUUUUUUCUGAAAUUACUUGAUCUAAGAUAGACUAUAUUUAAAUGUUAGCUAACACAAUGAGUUAUUUACUAUGUAUGUCGUUAUUGAUGCCUUCAAUUGUAUUUGUUUUAACUUUUUAUGCUACACUAUAUAAGCAAAGAUCUAUCAAUAAAUUGUUUUAUGAUAGUUCUUUGAAAUAAGAACUAUAUUAUAAUAUCGUUACGCGUUAUCAUACACUAUAUUAAUUGGGAAUUGUGUUUGAUUGUGACAAGCAUACUUUUGCAUAUUUUGUCAGCUUACCUCAGCGCGAUGUGUGCAGUGGUUAGUUUUUAAGAUCAUUCGUCCAUCUUUAGCCAAAAUAAAAUGUGUUUAUAUACAAACAUUUUAAAUUGCAAUUGUUACACAUUACUCUUCGAAUUUAUUACUUUCAUCGUAUUGCUAUUAUGUUUAAAAACACAUAGAAAGCACUUGAAAAAAGACCUCUGCAAUUUUUGGUAAACUUUUUAAUAAACCAUGUUAAUUAAA